CAGUCAUGUUUUGGUCGUCUUUUGUGAUCGUUAGCGUGGAUCCGUGUUUUUUUAAAUCGAAACAUGUUAACACAGUGAUCAAUCGCCAUUAACGGAUGAUAGUUUCGUGUGUGACAGUGUUUGGUUGUUCGGUUUCGCGUGGUUUUGUGUGUACGAGGGCAAUAUGUGCAUUUGACAAGUAGGCUGUGCGUCCCUGGAACUCCGUGCGAGCAGUAGAAAGUACAUAUUUUUCAUGUUAAAACUGUGACCGCGGCUCGGAAUCCACCUGAUUUAAUUUGUAUCGUACUGGUAUUGUGUUCGAAGUGGCCAGCGGCGCCGUAAUGAAGCGAUAACCCCCCAUCGUCCACCAUGAACGGUGUAGUACCGCCCGGCACGGGGAUGGUUCCCCAACACGACAUGAUGCGCCAGAAGUUGUGUCGCGACACCGUGCCUGCCGUCCACGGGAGGCCGUGCAAUCCGCUCAACAUGCGCACCAAGCUCAGCAACCACCAGAGGAACCUUAGUCUCGAUUUCAGGUCCAUGGGAAUCCUGCUGCCGCCCGUGGCGCAGGUGACGGCCGCCCCGAACACCCACCUAACCCACCACCAUCGCAACCGAUCGCUUGACUCGGCCUUGCAGCGCAUCCCCGAGGUGGACGUGACGCCCAGUCCGGAGUGCGAAAACGUGGCCGCUGCCACAUUGGCGGCCAACGAGGUGGCGCAUCGCGCCCCGUGCAAGACGGCGCAGCAGCAGCAGCAGCAGCAACGCGACGAACUGGCCAGCCUCGGCUCCGACGAUUCGGGCAUCCUGUGUGGCUCGGACAGCGGGUCCAGCGACAGCAACGCCACCCGGGAGUCGAGCGUCGAGUACCUUUCCAACGAAAGCAGGGAAAGCCUGGACAACGUCGACGUUUUACCCGCAAAGGAUAAAAUCAGCUACUACCCCGAAUGGUCGGACGUGAAAUCCAACGACGACCACGUCGAAGAGGAGGUUUCCAACCCCGUCGUCGACGACAGUGUUAAAGUGGUGCAGUGGUACGCGGUGUCUGAAAACGAACGGACUAGUGUUUCGGUCGUGCCGGAGGGUUCAGGUGACGCGCCCAAAAGUUCCGGCAUGCUCAGACUGUUGGAGAGCAAGGUGUUCGACGUGCCGAUGGCCAUGCACUACAUCUUCAACAGCAAGGAGCCCGGCGUGCUCAGCUACAUCGUCAACAAGAUGUUCUCGUUCGACGAUCAGGACGUCGACUUCUAUCUGCCGCAGCUCGUCUGCAUGUACAUACAGAUGCAUGAGGUAGCCGAGGUCGUGCAUCGGUAUCUUAUUCAUAGAUGUAGAAAAUGCAUAGAUUUUUCGCUGAAGUGUGCCUGGUUGCUGGAUGCGUUCAGUUCGGACGCGUCGCUGCCGUCGAAAAAGAAACCGCACGGCAUCAAGCUGCGCAACCUGAUCCUGAGCGACGAACUGCGACCGAACAGAAAGAGCGCGGCUGCGACGCCCGUCUGCGAGAAACAGCUGCAAUUGACCGUGCCUCAAACACCCAUACUCCCGCCGGCUGUCACCCAACAGAAGAAAUCUCACCAAAGGUCGCAGAGCGACGCGUCCGCCCUGUUGCCCGGCUUAAGGCGCAGCGCCACGUCGACAAAGCUAAGUCUGGGCGAUCUGAGCUCGGGCCGCGCCUUCGACAACGGCUGCGUCUGCUUCGAGAGCUGCCAGAACGUCGUUAACGACCUCAGAGGCGAAAAGACUGAAUGCACCUGCUCGGCUCCCAGGCUGAGGCCGGAACUGGAAUUCAUGCAGGCGCUGAUACUGAUAGGCAAGUUACUAAGUUCCAUACCCACAAAGGAAGCGAAAACAACAAGACUGGUUGCCGAAUUAACCACCCUCAAUCUGAAUUUGCCGGCACGGGUGUGGCUGCCCCUCAACAGCAACAAACCCCACCUUAUCGUCAGGAUACCACCCCAAGUGGCCGCCGUACUAAACUCCAAGGAUAAGGCUCCGUAUAUAAUUUACGUCGAAGUCGUCGAAGUGGACGACAUUUAUAGUUCGCCUGUUCCACCGAAAAUAAUGCCCACGUUGAGGCACACAAAGUCGGAGGAAAACCUCGGUCACGACAGCACGUCGCUCUCCGCCUUUAGCGUGUGUGGGGGUUGUUACGACGAUAACGAUCCCGAUUGGAGUCAAGAGGAUGACGAAAUAUCACAGCAGUAUACCCAAUUGAAAAAACCUAUAGAUAGGGACACGAUAUCGCAAAUGAGCCAGGAGUCGAGCGAUUCACGGGAGCCACCGAUGUCGAUACCGGCCAGCGAGAUUCGCAGAAGAUUGUCAGACUUCUUCCAUGAAGAGAAGAGCAAAAAGUUCACGCACGAUCCUGAAGAUCCGUCCGCGGCCGUACUGAAGGAGCCUUGGCAGGAAAAAGAGCAGAGGAUACGGGAAAGUUCGCCGUACGGUUAUUUGAACACGUGGAAGCUACUGUCGGUGAUUGUUAAGUGCGGUGACGACUUGAGGCAGGAACUGAUGGCGUCGCAGCUUCUGCAGAUGUUCCAGAAAAUCUGGGAGAUGGAACACGUGCCUCUUUGGAUCCAUCCAUACAAAAUAUUGUGUUUGUCCGACGACAGUGGUUUAAUCGAACCGAUUUUAAAUACAGUGUCUCUUCAUCAAAUCAAAAAGCAUUGUCAAUUGUCGUUGCUGCAGUACUUUAUCAAGGAAUACGGAUCGAUAACGUCUGAAGCGUUUCUCACAGCACAAAAGAAUUUUGUGCAAAGCUGUGCAGCCUAUUGUCUCAUUUGUUACCUCAUCCAAGUGAAAGACAGACACAAUGGAAACAUCCUGCUGAAAAGCGAUGGACAUCUCAUACAUAUAGAUUUUGGAUUUAUUUUAUCCACUUCACCAAAGAAUUUGGGCUUCGAGAAGUCACCGUUCAAACUGACGCCCGAGUUCGUUGAAGUUAUGGGUGGCGAAGAGUCGGAUAUGUUUGAAUAUUUUAAGAUACUCAUCCUUCAAGGACUUAUCGCAGCCAGGAAACACCACGGAAUGAUCAUAAACCUGGUAGAAAUCAUGCGAUCGGGUUCACAGCUUCCGUGCUUCAAGUCGGGCGCAGCUACGGUUCAAAAUUUAAAGAACCGGUUCCACAUGAGCAUGACCGAAGAGCAACUCCAGUUGGAGGUAAACAGAAUGGUAGAGGGCAGCAUACACUCUCUAUCAACUAAACUGUACGACGGUUUCCAAUAUUUGACUAAUGGAAUUCUGUAACUGUGUGAUACAUUUUUUCUAGAUUGUACUUUUUAAACACUUAAAAUCAGUUAUUAAUAAACAAUAUUACCAAUGCUGAACAGACUGAGCAUAGUUGAUUACAGUAGAAUAGAUUUUUACUACUCACCAUAUGUGGAGUUAGUUUUUUUUUAUCAUCGUUAUAUGCUCAAAGACUAGAAUCACCAGUUGAUUUGAGAAGUUGUUCAUUAAAAGAGAUGUAUUGAUAUUAUAGUCAUGUGCCUGGACUGAAAGAGAUUGUUUUGAUCGUUGUGUAUUGUUAAUAGGGAAGGUGUUGUGUUUGAGAAACAUUUUGGAAAGUUCUUCCGUCGAAAGCCUUUUUAUAUAAAAUUAUAGACUCCACUAGUCGUAAAAUCUCUUUCAGCUUGGGAGGGAUUUGAUACUAAUGAUGUACAGUUGCUAUAAAAGUGAAGGUUGUAGAAAGAUCCAAUUAAAUAUACUUUAAUUUAAAUAAUGGACAAUUUUUAUUCAUCUGUGAGUGUAUUUUGUUUGUAACAUGAUACAUCGAAAAUUUUGAAAAACAUUUGGAAGUGGAAGUAAAGACAAAUUUCUUCCUGAUCAAAUUGUAUAUUUACAGUAAAAAUUAUUAAUUUUACAUUGUGAUGUGUGGUGGUUGUUUUAUUUGCAACUGUUUAAAGGUGAAUGAUGAUUAUAUGUUACGUUGCCAUGUUUAUACGAUUUGCAUUUGUUGCUUUUACGUGUGUGUAAAUAUAUAUUUAAAGUAUUUCUCAUAAUGUGUAUAAUAUUCAGUAGGUAGUUAUGGAGGAGGUAAUACUCACGAGUCAUUUGUUAAUGAAAAUAAUUAUGAGGCCAAAUAUGUAACGAAUUUUAAUUUUAUUUUUUUAAGAAUAAUUUUAUCUAUGUAUAUUUAUUUCUACAAUCGAUAUAUAGUCAUGUUAAAUACGUGCGUUGUUAAGGUUUCUUAAAGUUUGGAAAUAUUCUAAGAAAAAAAAAAAGAUAUAACAUUCCAAAAAACUCAUUUGUUAUAAAUUAUACCUUAUAAUAUUGAAAUUUGUCAUUUUAUAUAAAGUAAAUCCUCAACCCUGGAAUAGUUACAAUAUGUUUUAUUUUAAGGGGAGAAAUUUUAAGCAGAUCCUGAGUAUAUUGUUGUUUGUGAGAUUAUGUGUUACAUUUUAUAUACAAAAUUACAUUAACAUAAGUGUCUUUUUCGUAUAUAUUAACUUAAACAUUUCUCCUUUAUUUAAACCAUCGUCAAUUGUCGUUUGAAAAUUUUGCGAUAAUUACAUUUUCAUUUAUCCACCAUUUAAACUUAAGUUUGUAUGGAUAGUUUUAUAUUAUCUUAUGUGUGGUUUGUUACUCAAAUUGUGAAGUAGUUAGAAUAUAACAAAUUAUAUAAAUUAAUUUCGAACCAGUCCCGAUUUAUUGAUUGUAUAUUUUAUUCUUAUAGUAGCAUACCGAUAUCCAUUCGUUCUUUUGGGAUAAAGUUAUACAUAUUUAUAAUGUAAUUGUAUAUAUUUAUAUAUUCGAGCAUCACUAGCUGAAUUUAGGUAAUUGACGGUUGUCCAUCCAUUUUAUAAAUUAAAAGUAGUUGUAAUUAUAAUAAUUCUGACUGAAAUAUUAAGAACAUGCAAAAAGACUGAUGUCAGCAGUAGGCUUUUUGCAAAAUGAUAGAUAUUAACUAAUUUUUUUAUAUGUUUUGAAUGAAUCAAAGUCUUUAGUUUUGACACCUAAGUUGAUAUGUAAUUACAAAUAAAUCUAAAAUUUUAUUAAGAGAUUUGGAAUAUACAAUUGUAUUUUAUUAAACUUAUAAAUUGUAUUUAACAUUAAUAAAUAUAAAUAUUCAUCUUUUA